AUGAUUGGAGCAUCACUUCUGCCUGCCCGCUUCCGCAAGACGGAUUCGGGCAAAUCCACACCCCCAAGCUGGUUCAAUCGAAAAGUCACCUCCAUUGUCGAAUCGCUCUCUGGAAGAGCAUGUACGCACCCGAUUCAUACCAUUGUCUUCGUCGCCUUGUUGGCGAGCACCACCUACAUUGGACUUUUGGAAGGAAGUUUAUUUGAUCACAUCCCUUCGUCGAACCACCUACCUAGGAGAGCUGAUUUGCCCUCCCUCCUCGAAGGCAGUCGUGUGGUGAGAGCAGGCGAAGAUACCGCUUGGAAAUGGCAGAUUGAAGACCAGGGCUUUGGAACAACUGACAAUGAAACUAUGCGCCAUCUGGCCGUGUCGACACUCGUCUUCCCAGGCUCCUUGUCUGCAAGAUCCGCACAGACCGCGCCGCUCGCGCAUGAAGUCCAUCUUCCCAAUAACUCCUCCGCCAAACUCUUACCGACUACGCUGAAUCCACUAUCGCCUUUGUCACAAGAUUCAACAUUGGCCUUUUUCAUGCCUUACGAUGAAGCGUCGGCUUUCUUGAGUGCUGUCCAGGAGAUUCCUGACCCCGCGAGUGGUCUGUCGGAGACUAGGGAACAAGACCCGGCCACAGAAGAGAAGAGAUGGAUUAUGAGGGCGGCUAGAGGCGACGCAAACGCUCCCCAAUGGACACUUCGUCGAAGGGUGUCGAACGCUUGGAAUGAAUUUGUUGAUCUUCUCAAGAACGCGGAUUCUCUCGACAUUUUUAUUGUAACCUUGGGUUACAUACUGAUGCACCUGACUUUUGUGUCACUCUUCUUGUCCAUGCGAAGAAUGGGCUCCAACUUCUGGCUAGCCGCCACUGUCCUUUGUUCCUCCGUCUUCGCGUUCCUUUUUGGAUUGACCGUGACCACUAAGCUUGGUGUCCCCAUGAAUAUGGUUCUCCUUUCCGAAGGUCUACCGUUCCUCGUCAUUACAAUCGGCUUCGAGAAGCCUAUUCUUCUGACAAAGGCCGUCCUUUCUGCUUCCCUUAAUGCUAGGCGCCACGCGCCUCAGUCGGACAAUGCUUCACGCAGUCAGGGCGAUUACUCGCCCAACUCGAUCCUCUACGCAGUCCAAAUUGCCGUCAAAGACAAGGGUUUUGAAAUCGUCCGGGAUUACUUCGUCGAGAUUGUCAUCUUGAUUGGCGGUGCCGUUUCGGGAGUCCAGGGUGGUCUGCGUCAAUUCUGCUUCCUUGCCGCAUGGAUCCUAGCUUUCGACUGUCUUCUGCUCUUUACCUUCUACACUGCCAUUCUCUGCAUCAAGCUUGAGAUCAAUCGUAUCAAGCGCCAUGUGGCUCUGCGAAAGGCGCUAGAGGAUGACGGGGUCAGUCGAAAAGUUGCCGAGAAUGUCGCCUCCAGCAACGACUGGCCUAGAUUCAAGAGCGGCACCGACGAGGACCGGCCGUCUUCCACAUUCGAAGGUUUCUCAAUUUUCGGACGCAAAGUGAAAGACAGCAGCGUGCCAACCUUCAAGGUCCUUAUGGUUUCUGGAUUCGUCUUGAUUAACAUACUUAACCUCUGUACGAUACCCUUCCGCGCAACCCAUCAAAAUGGGUCGCCACCGACGGUUUCUGGCCUUUCCAGUGUGGUUAUCCCUCCCCCAAUGGAUCCAUUCAAGGUUGCCGGCAAUGGAUUACACGCCCUUCUCAAAGCUGCCAAGGUUCAGAAGAUUACUACUGUUGUCACCGUUCUCCCCCCCAUAAAGUAUGCCCUCGAAUAUCCCUCUGUUCAUUAUGCGCCAUCAGAGGGACCUAGUGCCUCGAUUUUGGAAAUUGAGUAUGCCGACCAGUUCCUCGACUCUGUCGGCGGCAGAAUUAUGAGCAGCGUUCUGAAGAGCCUCGAGAGUCCUCUCCUUAGCAAAUGGAUUAUCCUGGCCCUGGCCAUGAGCCUUUUCAUGAACGGUUACCUCUUUAACGCUGCUCGAUGGAGCUUCAAAGAUCUUUCCGACACCAGUGGCGUCGAUGGCACGACUAGACGCCCAGCCGCUCGGCAAUUGCCUCUUGCACCUGUCGAUACUUCGGACAAGGCUGCAAUCGACCAUCACACGAACGGCAAAGCUAUAUCGUCGACGGAAACAAUCGUCGGUGAGCAGGCUAGUGAGGCCCAGCCUUCAGGGGAUGCCCGAACGUUUGAAGAAUGCGAUCAGAUGGUCAAGGACAAGAAAGCGAUGCUACUGACCGACGCAGAGUUGGUGGAGUUGUCACUCAAAGGGAAAAUUCCGGGCUAUGCCCUGGAGAAAACUCUGGGCGACAAGACUCGUGCUGUCAAGGUCCGUAGAAUGGUUGUCUCACGCACACCGUCUACAAUGGAGACCACUGCUCUCCUUGCCCAGUCCCUUCUACCCUAUGAGAACUACAACUAUGAUCUCGUUCACGGAGCAUGUUGCGAAAACGUCAUUGGCUAUAUGCCUUUGCCUGUUGGCAUUGCUGGCCCAGUAUUCAUUGAUGGCCGGAGUUACUUCCUUCCGAUGGCAACUACUGAGGGUGUUUUGGUAGCUAGUACUAGCCGUGGCUGCAAAGCUAUCAAUGCAGGCGGCGGAGCAUUUACCGUCCUCACUGGAGAUGGCAUGACACGUGGUCCCUGCAUAGGAUUUCCGACGGUGUCGCGCGCUGGAGAAGCAAAGCUCUGGAUCGACUCGGAGGAGGGCCAAAAUGUCAUGAGAAAGGCUUUCAAUUCUACUAGUCGUUUUGCGCGUCUUCAGUCGAUGAAGACUGCUCUCGCAGGAACUUAUCUCUAUAUCCGUUUCAAGACUACGACAGGAGAUGCUAUGGGUAUGAAUAUGAUCUCAAAGGGUGUCGAAAAUGCUUUGGCAGUUAUGUCCAAGGAAAGCGGAUUUGACGAUAUGUCAAUCAUAUCAGUUUCUGGUAAUUUCUGUAUCGACAAGAAGCCGGCCGCUAUCAACUGGGUUGAUGGCAGAGGCAAGAGCGUCGUUGCUGAAGCCAUCAUCCCCGGCGAUGUGGUCAAAAGCGUUCUCAAGAGUGACGUCGACGCUCUGGUCGAGCUGAAUAUCAGCAAAAACCUGAUUGGAAGUGCUAUGGCAGGUAGCAUUGGUGGGUUCAACGCGCACGCAGCGAACAUUGUCACUGCUAUCUUCCUCGCUACUGGCCAAGACCCAGCUCAAAACGUUGAGAGUAGUAAUUGUAUUACUGUCAUGAAGAACCUCAAUGGAAAUCUUCAAAUAAGCGUUUCGAUGCCCUCGAUUGAGGUCGGUACCAUCGGUGGUGGAACUGUUCUUGAGCCCCAAAGCGCUAUGCUUGACCUUCUUGGCGUCCGGGGCUCGCAUCCCAUCAACCCGGGCGACAAUGCCCGGCAACUUGCUCGGAUUGUGGCUGCUGGUGUACUCGCCGGCGAGCUCAGCUUGUGCAGCGCUCUCGCUGCUGGCCAUCUUGUGAAAAGUCACAUGGCGCAUAACCGAAGUGCGGCUCCUUCGCGGGCUGCGACGCCAGUCAGCGCUGCAAUCAGGGAAAUGCCUGGCGGCAUUGGCCGCUCUGCUGCCUUGGCUCUCACGGCUGCUCGGAAACCAGAAGGAAGAUAA